UAUUUCCAGGGAGAUGAAGCUGCCCGGCUGUCCGACCUUUACGGACCUGAGAACCUCCAUCGCCAGCCACGUAAGCAUUCCUUUCUCGAGCACUUUGUUUUGUUCUUUGUCUCAGCGGUCCAUCUCACUCACCCCCCUUUGUUUUUCAUUUUAUUUUCAGGCCAAGAACACUCACGGGGAGGACGACCGAAUCAAGUUGGCCAAGUUCAUGUGCCACGACGUCCGGACGGCCGACAAGUUUUACGCCAUGAACUUGUCGGCAAAGCAGGCCUUGGAGCACCGGAGGCUGUUUGAGCAGGCGCUGGAGGGUGCGGACCUCAGUCCGAUCCAGCCGGUGGGUCCCUCCUCUUCGUCCAGCCAGCGGAAGGCAUCGACGCCCCGACGACGCAUCCUCCUGGUGUCGUCCAGCUCCUCCGCCUCCUCCGCCGCCGCCUCCGCCUCCGCCUCCUCCUCGUCCUCCUCCUCGUCCUCCUCCUCGUCCUCCUCCUCCUCUCCAGAGGCUCCCGCCCAGUCCACCUCAGACUCGAGCCAGGACGCAGCCGCCAUGGAAGAGACAGCCGCCCCCGCCGCGCCCGCCAGCCCCGCCGCCCCUGCUGCCCCUCCUGCCCCUCCUGCCCCUGCCGCCGCCACCACCAGCCACCUGAUGCGUCGGGCCAGAAGGGGGAACCCGACGGUCAGGCUGACACCGCUGAAGUUGUGUCUCAAGCGCAAAUUCACCUCAGAACAGCUUUCGCCGCUGAAGAUGAAGAAGGUGGUGGUAACGAAGGGUGCCACUCUGCAGGGGAUGCGGAAAAACACGAAGGGCGACUUGCACAUCAAGAAAGCAAUACAAAAGCGGCGAAAAGAGAAGAGGGUCCGGGACAAAAGGAGGAAGCACAAGAAGGACCGAGCUUAAAUGCUGAAAAGAAAAAGAACUUUUUUUUUUUUCUUCCAACAUAAUUCUUCCUUUAUUAUUUUUUUUUUAUUUAGUGUGUGUUUGCAGUGCCCUUUUAAUAAAUAUACUUGUGUGAUUUCAAAUGUA